UAUAGUCUGCUAUCUGAUAAACAAGUUUAUAAACCACAUUCAAUGAUCAUUUAUGAGUGUAAAGGAACCUGAAGACCGAUCUAAUUCAAAAUAAUGGCUUUGAAUAGUAUUAGGAAAAUUGGAACAUCCUGGCAUCGCAUGUCACCAGUUACAUUGUUUAGGUUCUACAGUUUGUAUGAACCAGAUUACUUGGAGGUUGGAAAAUCUAAGAUACCAGUAUAUCCAACAUUAAAUGUACAAAUUAAGGGCUACGACUUUCCAUUGGUGGAGAACUAUCAACGAUUUAUUCAUAAACUUGCAGACAAUAUGAAUUUACAGAUUCUUGAUAGUUGGGCAGUACCACCAAAAGAAUUGAUCGUGAAAAGGUUAAAGCCUCACAGUUCAAUAGUUUGUGCAGAAUAUAAUCUUAAGGUUUACAAAAGGAACACUCAAAUAGAAAACGUUCCUACAACUUUAUACCAGAUCCUUCUUAGAAUAAUGGAAGCAACAUUACCACAUGGGGUUACAUUUAAUAUAGAAUAUUUUGAUCCUGAAAAGGCAAAGAAAAAAUAUGUACCAGACAAAGAACUACUUGACUUAAAAACUGAAUUAGAUACUUAUAAAAAAAAAUAAAUCAGUAUCUUAUAUCUGUAGUGUUAUUCAUCUUCGCUGCAAUACCUCUUUAUCACAUCGGAUGAGAGCACGAAGAAUAGAGUAUGUUUCUGUUCACGUUGAAUACAAGCAUUGCAAGUGCUCGACAUCCAUUUUAAUCUUUAUUACAAAAUGUAUUUAUGAAAAUAUCUCUUGUGGAAAAUAUGUACAAAGUUUUUUAAACUAAUUGUAGCUGCCUUUGCAUUAAUAAAAAUGGUAUGAAACGUUUCUUACAAAAGGCCAAAA